AUGGAGCGGCGUGGAAAGAAGGACAAGGAUGGAGAGAUUGACUUCAAGCCCGCCACGCCGAGAAGUCAGGGCUCCGAAACAUCGCGGCCUCCCCCGCACCACGUGAUGUGCCUCUCGCAUAACGUGAAGGCGCCCAAGUGGUCCUUCGGCGCGUCCCCGCGGGCCCGGCACGCCGGGGUCGCCCGGUCCCUCGGCCUCGCUGUGCCGGGGCCGGGCACCUACGAGCUCUCGGCCUCGGAGAACGCGGCCAAGACCUUCCGGCGCCCGCCCAAGUUCAGCUUCGGGUGCGCUGGCCGAGAGCUGGUGGCCCACGCCAAGGGCAAGGAGAAGACCUUUCCCGGCCCUGGCACGUAUGGUGGUAAUUUCACCACCUUUGGGUACUGA